AUGGAAGCGGGUAUGUCUCUAAACGCAGUCGUUCGGCUUCCGCUCUCGAGUUCGAGGACCCAUGAAGAUGGUUUGGUCAGGCACUCAUUGGUCUCCACGACGACGACGACGACCCAGAAGGCAGAGCAAAGGCAGGGCCGCAAACUGGUCGUUCAAGCAAAGAGCAAAAGGGGAAUGAUGGCUCGCCAAUUUCAAGCCAAGAAGCCUCCACCUCCUGCCAUGCCCAAGAUUGAAGACGACGGCAACCCACGUUUCGUUGUAUUCAUGAGAAUGGCUAAUGUUUACCUAUGGUACCCACUUAGUGUUAUAUCAGGCGGAACCACGGCUAAAAUCAUGGUUGCAGCAAAAGAUAAUUUUCUGGGGAAAUAUAUAUAUAAAGAUACCCUUGCUAGAAAUCUUGCUGCAGUUAUUUACAGGGACGAGAAGGAAAUACAGAAGACAGCAUUCAAGCAGUACCGAGUGUUGCGGUCAGCUACUGAUUUUAGAUAUGGCUACAAAAUUGUGGAAAAUGGUAACAUGAGAGCAGCACUUUCUACCUCGGAUGUAAUUGAGCUUCCAACAAAAGACAAGCUCAAAACCACUUUUGACAAAGUGAAAGAUUUUUUUGGGGAUGCAAAGGAAUCGUUCGGCAAGCUGACAACACUGAACUUAUCCGAGUCUCAGGAAUCAGAAGAAAAAUCUGCAGAACAGGAAAAGCAACACUCAAACCUAAAACCUCCCUAUGGUAAAAGGCUAAAGGUGGCAGAUAGGUUCUGUGAGAUAGUGAAGCUUAUUCAGCUGCGUGCACAUUUCACGAAAGGUCGCUUAGGAUGA